UGGGGACAUGUGACCGACUGCAGAGGCCGCGCCGCCUCCCCCGCCCGAGGUCUGCGCGCUCCGCCGCAGGGUGCAGACCCGGGGCGCCCGCCUGGGUUUGGGGCGCAAGAGCAGAGGCGGAGCCAGGGCGGAGCCAGCGCGCCCGGUCCCCCCCGAACCGAAAGCGAAACAGGGGCCGGGAAGGAAGGGCGGAGCCGGCCCCGAGGCACCGCCCCCUGCCCUGCGCGGCUGCUGGACCGACAGGCGCGCCCAGGUAGGGGGGCGGCUGAGCCGCGCAGUGCGGACCCUCGCGGGGACCUGCGCCGCCGCCACCAUGUCUCAGGAAGGUGUGGAGGAAAUGCCGUAGAGGGAUGGAGGGGGGGAGCGGCGGAGGCCAAAACCAAGGGUCAAGUUCAGGCCGGGAGAACGGUGCCUAGAGAUGGGGGAGGGAAGAUCGCGCGUCCCCUUCCCCCACCGGAGCCCCGGUGUCCCCAUCCCAGCUGGAGAAGAGCGUCCGGCGCCUCCGGGAGAAGUUUCAUGGGAAGGUAUCCUCCAAGAAGGCGGGGGCUCUGAUGAGGAAAUUCGGCAGCGACCACACAGGAGUGGGGCGCUCCAUCGUGUACGGGGUAAAGCAAAAAGAUGGCCAAGAACUGAGUAACGACCUGGAUGCCCAGGACCCACCAGAAGACAUGAAACAGGACCGGGACAUUGAGGCAGUGGCGACUUCCCUCCUGCCGCUGACAGAAGCCAACCUACGCAUGUUUCAACGGGCCCAGGACGACCUUAUCCCUGCUGUGGACCGGCAGUUCGCCUGCUCCUCCUGCGACCACGUCUGGUGGCGCCGCGUGCCCCAGAGGAAGGAGGUAUCCCGGUGCCGGAAAUGCCGGAAGCGCUACGAGCCAGUGCCAGCCGACAAGAUGUGGGGCCUGGCCGAGUUCCACUGCCCGAAGUGUCGGCACAACUUCCGGGGCUGGGCACAGAUGGGGUCCCCGUCUCCCUGCUACGGGUGUGGCUUCCCCGUGUAUCCAACACGGAUCCUCCCCCCGCGCUGGGACCGGGACACGGAUCGCCGCAGCACCCACACUCACUCCUGCUCAGCUGCUGACUGCUACAACCGGCGAGAGCCCCACGUGCCUGGGACAUCCUGUGCUCACCCCAAGAGCCGGAAGCAGAACCACCUGCCCAAAGUGCUCCACCCCAGCAACCCUCACAUCAGCAGUGGCUCCACUGUGGCCACCUGCUUGAGCCAGGGGGGCCUCCUGGAAGACCUGGACAACCUUAUCCUGGAGGACCUGAAUGAGGAGGAGGAGGAGGAGGAGGAAGAGGAGGUGCAGGAAGAGGAGGGCGGGCCCAGGGAGUGACCCCUGCCAGGUGCAGACACAAACCAGACACGGUCUGUGGCUACUUUGUGUUAUUGUAAGAUCUGAGCUCAAA